GAGAGUGUGUUAGCGAUAUACAUGUGGCGGCAGCGGGAUUCGAUCCGAGCCCCAAGUUAGCACUUAUUUCUCUUUUAUUUUUUUAUUGGGGGAAAUAUCAGCACGGUUCGUGUGAUUUAGAAUUACAAAUAAGUUGUGAUAAAAAUGAAAGGUAGCCGGAUCGAGCUGGGGGACGUCACCCCCCACAACAUUAAGCAACUGAAACGUCUCAACCAAGUCAUCUUUCCAGUCAGUUACAACGACAAGUUCUACAAAGAUGUGCUGGAAGUAGGAGAGCUCGCUAAGCUAGCAUACUUCAAUGACAUUGCUGUGGGAGCAGUAUGCUGUCGGGUGGAUCACUCUCAGAACCAGAAGAGAUUGUACAUCAUGACACUCGGCUGCCUUGCACCCUACCGCAGACUGGGCAUAGGAACAAAGAUGUUGAACCAUGUGCUGAACAUUUGUGAGAAGGACGGCACAUUUGACAAUAUUUACCUUCAUGUGCAGAUCAGCAACGAAUCCGCAAUCGACUUCUACCAGAAGUUCGGUUUUGAGAUCAUCGAGACGAAAAAGAACUAUUACAAGAGGAUAGAGCCCGCGGACGCCCACGUUCUCCAGAAAAGCCUGAGGAGCCCGUGCGCACCCUCCUCUGGAGACCUGCAGAAAGCCGAGUAGGAGCUGAAACACGCCGGAGAGAUUGAUCUCGGCUCGUGCUCGCAAACCGAACUGUGACCGACGCCCUCGGAUCUCUAGAUAACAUCACUUUUCCGAAGGGCAGUUUAUAGAGAUAAAAAACGAGUCCAUGAAAAAUUGCUGCAUUUUAUUUUUCAGAAACGAAACUCAGUCCCCGUCAGUUUGCUUUUUUUUUUUCUUUAUUAAUUUAGAGAGUUGAAAUUAGACACAAGGGUUUAUUUUCAGGUAGAAUCCAUGAAUUGAAAUUGCUCCCAAAAAAAGCUGCUUACUUGUUACAGACAUGGUGAAGGUUAACUACCUGAGCGUACCGUUUGCAUUUUGUUUUAAAUCUUUAACGGCAAGGGGACGUGAAUUUGUGGUUUGGACGAGGCGAUAUCGAAAAGAAUUUUUUAAUAGGACUAUUGUUGGUGGUCCUAGCUGGCAGUCCUGGAGUCAUACUAUGGAUGAAGGUGAUUUUUGGAACUCCUAUCACCUGUGAGCUCGGUGACGCAUGAGAGAUGAGAUUCUCCUCAUGGUUCCAGUCCAAUCUGCCUUGCAGCUAGUCCAGCAAGGAACAGGAUCGCCUCGCCGCCUCGAAUCGGAGGGAACAUGGUUCAACGGUUUGAGAGUGUGCAAGAUUGGUCAUGGGAGUGUGAGAGAUUGAAACUCCACUCUGGUUUUUGAAUGUCUUUUUGUUUCUCUGCCUAUUAUUUAAUAUCCCCAUAAUUUUUUUCACAUAAUUGCUCCUUCACGGCUUUUCCUGGGGUUCUGUUGGUGCUUUAGUUUAGAUGGAAGAAAAGACUGUAAGUGCCGGUUAUGGAGAGGAGGCUUGCUGUUGGUACAGUUACCCCAAAAUGAACAUUUUUUAUAUAGUCCAGACCCAGAACUAAAGUGUGUGAUGAUCUCACAUUCAUCUUGAUGGGCUUUAUUCUUAAAUAAAAUAAAUAAUAUCUGAAAUUUCCUUAUUCUUCCUUUUUGUGUCUGAAUGGAAUGAUGUGAUGGAAUAUGUUGGCCACAUUGCUUAUAAUUUCUUAUUACUUACAAAGACAAGACGACAGCCUAAACAAUGUUUUUUACUAUUUAAAUUUUUGAGGCUUACACACACACUGCAUUUCAUGCAUUUUAUUUCACCUGCAUUGAUAAAUAUUUUAGCAGUCUCUUCUUUGGCACUUUGGCAGCUAAAAACCUCUUCACAGCGUAUUGACAUCAGUUCGGUGAUGUACACUGACCACAUUCUGUUUCCUGUUUGUACUGUGCACUUGGUACGGUUUGGUUCUAGAGGUUUCUUACGCUGAACUUUGAUCAGAGAGCAGACCCCCCAGGAGAAGCCGUGAUGCUGCAUGCCAAGAGGGAUGUUACCUCUCCAUUGUAGUACAAGCAUGUUUUCAUUCUUUCUUUAGAGAAUUUUGUCUUUUCUGGAGCUCUAUAUUGUAAAACUUUUAAACCCCAAAAUAAAAUACUAUUUGCAUUAUUUUUCAGAA